CAGUGCCCUGUCCUGAUAUCUCUACUUCCUUGCCGGCUUCCUCUACACCCACUCCUAUUACUGAUAACAAUACCCCUACUGCUACUCCUCCUACUAUACCUCCUGCUACAGCUGAUACGGUUUCUCCUGAGUCGCCAUUGUCUCCUACAUCAUCGCCUUCUCCAAAGGCAAUUCCUGAACAAUCUCAGUCGGCUCUCACGCCACGAAACGAGGGACUUUGCGUCUGAUCCCUCAUGAGGAAUAUAUGCAUGUGGAGCACAUUCUGACUUCGGCAUGAUGACUCUUUUAGCAACCGAUGGUGUAAUGGGGCUACAGAUAUGCAAGGAUAAGGACGCGAAGCCUCGGAAAUGGGAAUAUGUACCUUCGAUCAAAGGAGCGUAUAUAGUGAAUCUCGGUGACUUGCUGGAACGUUGGAGCAACGGCUUGUUUAAAUCCACCUUGCAUCGGGUACUUGGGAACGGUCAGGAUCGAUAUUCCAUUCCAUUCUUCGUGAAACCGAGUCAUGACUGUCUGGUUGAAUGUCUUCCUACCUGCCAGUCCGAAAAGAACCCUCCCAAAUAUCCAGCAAUCAAAUGUUCGGCGUACCUCACCCAACGUUACGAUGAAUCACAUGUGGAUUUGAGUAUCUACGGGAAACAAACCCAAGAGAGAAGCUUAUAAUUUGGUUUUCAAGUUGUUUGGCUUACUCUUUUUUAAAAAAAGAGUGCUUACUCACCAACUUUAUCCAUAAUAAUGAGGAUCUAUUGGACUAAUUAAAUGUCAUCAUUUUUUUUUAA